ACCUGGCCCGCCUGCAGAUGCAGCUCGAGAAGAGCCACGACCGCCACUCUAUCACAGCGUGCCAGAGGCGGAAGAAGGAGGAGGAGCUGCAGAGCGUGCGCUUGCUCUACGCCAGGACCUGCAAGACCGCCAACGAGGAGCGCGAGAAGCUGGCAGCUCUGCAAGCCGAGAUGGAGACCCUGGCUCUACAUCUCUUCUACCUGCAGAACAUAGACCAGGACGUGCGUGACGACAUCCGGGUGAUGAAGCGAGUCGUGAAGAAGUCGGAAGCCGAGCGCAUGCGGGCCGAGUUGGAGAAGAAGCAGCAGGACCUGCACGUGGACCAGCUGACCACCCGAGCCAACCAGCUGGAAGAACAGAUUGCCCUGUUUGAGGCCCAGUACCGCGCGCAGGCUGAGGACACCCGGACGCUCAGGAAGGCAGUGAGCGAGGCCUGCACGGAAAUAGAUGCCAUCAACAUGGAGAAAAAGCGCAUCCUGCAGCAGUGGGCCACCAGCCUGGUGGGCAUGAAGCAUCGCGACGAGGCCCACAAGACCAUCCAAGAGGCAGUCAGCGAUUGCCAGCAUCAAGUCAAGUCCAUGGAUGGUGAGCUUGAAGCCUAUAAGAAAUCCAUCAUAAAGGAGGAAGAAAAGAACGAGAAGCUGGCCAGUAUCCUGAACCGGGCAGAGACGGAAACCAGCCUGAUGCAGAAACUGACUUCGCAGUGCCUGGCCAAGGAGGAGGCCCUGCAGAAUGAGUUCAACACCUACAGGCUUACCCUGCUGGACACGGAGGACACACUGGGCAAGGCCCACAUGGAAUACACGGCAACCAUAGGCCAAUUGCAGACUCUCCACCAGACCAUCCAGCAUGAGCUGGAGCUGAGGAGGAAGAUGGAUGCCUCCAUCAUGGAGAAGCUGCAGGAGCACAUGACCUCCAACAAGAUGACCAAGUACUUCCACCAGCUCAUCCUGAAGCUCCAGAAGGAAAAGACCAACCUGGUGACACAUCAUUCCAAAAUUGACGGUGACAUUGCUCAGACCACCCUGGACAUCACAAACACCAGCUGCAGGCUGGACAUGCAUCAGAAGACACUGGCCGAGCUGGACAAGGAAGUGAAAAAAGUCAACGACCUCAUCACAAACAGUGAAAAUGAAAUCUCCAGGCGCACAAUCCUGAUUGAGAGAAAGCAAGGCCUCAUCAACUUUUUGAACAAGCAGCUGGAGCAGAUGAUUUCUGAACUCGGGGGGGAAGAAGUGGGGCCCCUGGAGCUGGAGAUCAAGAGGCUGACCAAGCUGAUCGAGGAGCACAGCGCCGGCGUGACACAGGCCCAGGUGACCUGGCUGCGGCUGCAGCAGGAGAUGGUGACGGUCACGCAGGGGCGCGAGGAGCAGCUGGCCUCCCUGGAUGUGGCCAAGAAGGAGAUCCACAUCCUGGAGCAGAAGAAACUACGGAUAGAAAACAAGAUCGACCAGGAGAAGAAAGAGCAGAAGCAGAUCGAGCGGCACAUGAGAGACCUGGACAACGACCUGACGAAGCUCAACGUGCUGAUGACCCAGAAGCGGUGCAGCUCCGAGGAGCUGCAGCAGGGCAACCUGGCCACCGAGGGCGAGUUCGUGCGCGCGCUCAAGGCCUCGGAGCGAGAGACCAUCGAAAUGCAGGAGAAGCUGAACGAGCUCAGGGAGGAGAAGGCGGCCGUGCUCAACAGCCUGGUAGAGGCGGAACACCAGAUCAUGCUUUGGGACAAAAAAAUCCAACUGGCAAAAGAGAUGCGCGCCUCAGUGGAUUCCGAGACGGGCCAGACAGAGAUCCGGGCCAUGAAGGCCGAGAUCCACAGGAUGAAGGUCAAGCACGGCCAACUGCUGAAGCAGCAGGAGAAGAUGAUCCGGGACAUGGAGCUGGCUGUCGCCCGCAGAGAGACCAUGUCCACUCGGGCCGAGGGGCAGCGCAAGAUGGACAAGAAGCUGCUCACCCGCACAGACUUCCACCGCGUGCAGACCGAACUGAGACGGAAGAUCAGGGACAUUCACAAGGCCACCGAGGAGUGUACCCAAACCAUCCUAGAACUGGAAAAAACUCAACAAUCCGUGAGCGACUCCCUCCUGGAGAAACAGGAGCAGCUGUCAAGGAUGCAGGCCAAGGCUGACGAGCUCGAAGCUGACCUGUACCAGCUGGCAGCCCUCAAGCGACAGAACCUUUCCACGCUCGUGGCCCUGCAGUCACGCCUCAAGCACCUGCAGGCCGUGAAGGACGGGCGGUACAUCUUCCUGCUCCGCAAUAAGCAAUCACUGCUGGCAGAGCUCAAGCGGUUGGACGACCGCCUGGCCAGCAUCAGCACCAUCCUCCACCACGUGAAGGACGAGUACCCCCAGUUCCAGGAGGCCCUGCUCAAGGUCAGCCGGUCCAUCAGCAACAGGCUGGAGUCAUCCGGGCCCUAGACAGCGCCCACCCCAAGGAGGAGAUCAGUUUUGUUUAUCAUCAGGGACUUCAAAUCUUUCUACCCUCAGAGACACCAGUUAAGAGAAACAGACAGGCCAGCAUUGUAGGAAUGUUUUAUUUUAGCCACCCAGCAGUUUAAACCAAGUCAAAUGCCAGCGUUUCCAGUUGCAUUUCGGUGAGUCUUCUGCUUGCAAAGGCAGUGUCAGUGAACACGAACCCAUAUUCCCACAUUGGGCUUUACUCCUCCAAGUAAAAUUGGAAACCCAGGUCUCUGCUCCUGCCCCCACUCCCAGCUUGGGUUAAAUCCAGAUUCCCAGCUCAAAGGAGCAAGUCCAGGGGGACCCUGGCUGCGUCUGGAAGCCUAAUGCCUGAGAUAAGACCACACAGGUGCAUGAACACAGACCUCCUUGUCUGCCCACUUGUCCUGCCCUCUCCUCCAGCCAGGGCUCCUCCCCCCACACUCUGAUUCCUGAGCCCCUGCUACCUAUGCC